AUGGGGGUAAAACACUCGAUGGAAGAGGACCAGGUGAAGCGGAUCAGCAAAGCUCUAAACGGAAGUGCCAGGGCGAUCCAGGGCAUCAACAGCAAGUUCGACCUCAUCGAUGAGCACGUUCAGAAGAUGAUGGAGUUCAACCGCACCAGCAACACCAAGGUGAAUCAAGUGCUGUCCUCGUUCGAGCGCUUGGACGAUACGUUCAACGAUCGCGCCGAGCUCUUGCUGGAGUCCUUGGUAGGUGCGACCAACACCCUGACUGAGGUGCUCGAGUGUGCGGUGGUCUCAUUGGACAAAGUCAACAUCCGCCAAGAACUGGAUAGCAUCCCCAAGGCCAUGAUCACCCUGGCGAUUCCCUUUGUGAUCCUCGUGAUCGAACUGGCUGUCUCGAAUGCCUACCAUGGAAUCAUCCUGGCCUCUUUGCCAAGUGUGAAUUUGAAAUAUUCUAACUACUUGAUCGCAUAUGCCAGCUUCACUCUUAUGGGUUUGUUCCUGAGCUUGUUGUGGCUGAUUUGCUACAGAGUCUGGCUCUCAACUCCUUGUCAAAGAUAUUCAACCGUCAAGACUGAACAAACGCUGCAGCGGCUCAGCCGUCUCCGGACACGCUCGUCCGACUUCAGUGAGGGAGUGCUUUCUGAUUCCUUGGAGAGCCAGGUGCCGUCGGAGCUGGGGACCUCGGACCCGUCCAACUCCAACGAUCUGACGCGCAGUCAGACCAGGGUCGGCGACAAGUCCAGCGGCAGCCUGUCCUGGGCGAAAGCUCGUCGGAUUGAGAGAAAGCGUCAACGCAGCGUUUCCGGAGAGGAUGAGGACUUCGAGAACAGCAGCGAUGCUCCCAUGUCGCCGGGGCAGCCGGUGGCUCCGAGCGCCUCCCGGGCGUCGAUGGCGCUCUCCGAGCUGGGCUUGCCGCCGCUCCUGGAGAAGGCCACUGAGGGCCCCGACAGCCCCGACGAGCGAAAGGAGCCUUGGGAUUGCCCUGACCAAGGAUUCAUGAGCAGCCCCUCGGAGCAGAGCAGUGCUGACCUGACCGAGGAACGCCUGGAGCACGCUGCCCGGAUCGCAGCGGAGGCGGCCGCAGAGGCUGAGUGCCUGAGCGACCCUGUGAUGGACGACCGACCGAAGGACACACCGCAGGACGAUAGCAGCAGGACUGCUACGCCAGGAGAAGGUGGAGAAGGUGCGAAGAAAUCAAUGGUUCAGAUGAGGUGGAACUCCUGGGACCAUCCGUUCCAAAUGGACAUGACGUGGAGAGGCCGAAAAGCGGCCGCCGCGUCCUCGGGCGCACCGGCGCUCCCGGCAACGGAAGCGGGGCCGGUGUCUGCCCCGGGCGAAGGAGAUGACACAGAAGGGGAGACUAAGGUGGUGACACUUUCAGAGGCGCAGCUUCGGCUGUAG